AUGAUUUUAAAAAUAAGUUUCUCUUUGGUCAAACAGACGGAGCAUCGCACUUGCUGCGCUUGCGGCGAGCCUAUUGCCGACCGUUUCUUACUAGAAGUGGGUGGCGGUGCAUGGCAUACUGGGUGCCUUCGAUGUUGCGUGUGCGCAGUGCAGCUAGACCGACACCCCUCGUGCUUCCUCAGGGACAGGCAGGUGUACUGCAAACAAGAUUAUGCGAAGAGUUUUGGCGCAAAGUGUUCCAAGUGCUGCCGAGGUAUCUCCUCAUCAGAUUGGGUGCGAAAGGCCAGGGAGCAGGUGUACCACCUCGCUUGCUUCGCGUGUGACGCGUGCGGGCGCCAGCUCUCCACAGGAGAACAGUUCGCUCUUCACGAGGACCGAGUCCUCUGUAAACCACAUUACUUGGAAACUCUUGAUGGCGGCUCCAUUUCAUCUGAUGAUGGUUGCGAUUCAGAAGGUUACCACAAGAGCAAGGCGAAACGCGUCAGAACCACCUUCACUGAAGAACAGCUGCAAGUUCUUCAGGCAAACUUCCAGUUAGACUCGAACCCUGACGGGCAAGACUUGGAGAGGAUUGCGCAGGUUACCGGGUUGAGCAAGAGGGUCACACAGGUGUGGUUCCAGAACAGCCGGGCCCGUCAGAAGAAGCAUCAACACACUGGCAAAGGCAAACAAAGUCAAGCGAUGUCCCGUGAAACGGACCCGGUGGGGUUUGGCCGGCCUAUCAAUCUUCACCUUACAUAUUCCUUCCAGAACAAGCCGCCCUUUGUGCCGAUAGAUGGCACUUCUUUCACGGAUUCCUCAAUGGAUGAGCUAUCCGAAGACUCUUCGAUACACUGUAUGCAGAGUGAAGUC